AUGGCCGAGUUUUGUGAGAAGUCUAAAGGUCAGAUCGACAACAAGGAACUCCGACAAGCUCGGAAGACAGAAAAACCACAUUACAUAGACGACGACAAAACACGAGACAACAAGAAGAACUUCAAACCAACUCCGCGAUAUGAAUCAUACACUCAAUUCAAUACCAAGCGUGACGACAUCAUCAAGGAGAUCUUGAAUUCAAAGUUGAUCAAACCGCCAAGAAAAGCUAGCAGCUACUCAGAUUUAAAAGGCGCAGACAGAUCAAAAUACUACUCUUUUCACCAAAAACACGGACACACUACCGACAAGUGUGUCAUCGCCAAAGACCUUCUGGAGCGAUUAGCUCGGCAAGGUCACCUGGACAAGUAUAUCGGCGGCCACAUACAGCGACGAGCACCCCCCUCUAGUGACCAAAGCUCGGCGACACAGCAUGACCGAGAUAAAGACCGACCGAAUAACAACCAUCCCGACCAACCAAGACGUGUCAUUAACUGUAUUUUCGGAGGUUUUGUAGGUGGAGGAGCCACAAGCUCGGCAAGAAAGCGAUCUUACCAAGCUAUGCUUUCCAUCAAAGCCGAUCAAACUCAACAGCAGAUACUACCACACUUUUCACAUAUAACAUUCCAGACAGACGAUCAUAACAACAAUGUAGCUAAUCUAGACGACCCAGUCGUGAUUUUCCUGCAGCUCGGAGAUCUACUAGUCAAAAAGGUUUUACUGGACCCUGGGUGCAGUGCCAAUGUCCUCUUCUACUCCACAUUCUAG